CUUAUUAAUAUGGCGAAGACGUAUGAUUACUUGUUUAAACUACUGCUAAUCGGCGACUCCGGUGUCGGAAAGACCUGCGUGUUGUUUAGGUUUUCUGAAGAUUCCUUUAACACAAGUUUUAUCUCAACUAUAGGAAUUGACUUCAAAAUCAGAACAAUAGACGUUGAUGGGAAGAGGAUUAAGCUUCAAAUAUGGGACACCGCCGGUCAGGAGAGAUUUCGCACCAUCACGACUGCCUAUUACAGAGGAGCCAUGGGUAUUAUGCUCGUGUACGACAUAACCAGUGAGAAAUCUUUCGACAACAUUAAAAACUGGAUUAAGAACAUUGAGGAGCAUGCCUCAGCAGACGUGGUGAAGAUGCUACUGGGCAACAAGUGUGACAUGAACAGCAGCCGACAGGUGUCUGUACAGAGAGGAGAGCAGCUGGCAGCGGAACGUGGCAUUACCUUCAUGGAGACCAGCGCCAAGGCUGACAUCAAUGUGGAAAACGCGUUCGUGACCUUGGCACGACAUAUCAAAGCUAAAGUGGAAAAGAAAAUGGAGCAAGGAGGGGGUACUCAGGGCGGAACGCAGGCGGUGAAAAUCACCCAAGACCAGCCCAAAAAGAACACCGUCCGCUGCCUGUUACUCUGAGGGGGUCGUGACCUGCUGACCCCUAAGGGGGCUUCUUCACAUCUCUCCAUCCAUAUCCCUGCUUCCGUUUAUUCCUUCAUUUCAUUUAUUCAUCCCUUCUUUUCUGAUUAAGGUCUGUUUGAAACGUCUUUGAAAGCCCCGCGUUUGUGCCGGGUUGAGAGGUGACUGACACAUCUGCGCAGUCGCAUGCGUGUGCCUGCAGCCGCAGGCAGCGUAUGCAUGAAUAUCGUUUUUUUAUCUUUCACGUGUCUACUACAGCUUCUUCCCCCCCGUCAGCCGCAUAAACUGCAUUGACCAGCUGUGGUGCUUUUCGAAAUAGCUCAUAAAAUACAGACACCGCCUGACCCUAACGACAAUUUCACAUGAAUUUAUUUGACCCUAUGACUAAGCGACUUUUCAUUUUGUAAAAUCUCUCUUCUGCCUGUUCACAGUCUCCUCAGUCUUGUCUCAAUGUUCAAAAAGAAAAAAACUGUCAUAAAGUCAGGUGGCAGGGAUGGAGAGUUUGGUUCAAAAUAGCGGUAAGGAUUUAGCUAAAAUGCACUUCGACCUGGCAGUUAUAGUGUACUGUAUAUCCGCUGACCUCAGAUCAGUUCUGUGUUGCUCAAUGAUGUCUUGACUGUAACAUCUGUCACAAACCUGAGCCCGUUUUAAUCUCGUUCACAUGUUAAAACCAGUUCUGAUAGAGUCAGGAACAUCUCAGGUUUUGCUCAAGGGAAUAAUGGCUGUUGUGUCGCAGAUUAAAAAAAAAACUGUCAUGCCUCAAAGGUAAUUUAUUUAUUUGAUGCCUAUACGGGAGAUUAGUGGUGUUGUAAUAUAAUUCUGAAAUAACCUAAAGGGCCUAAAUUUCACGUGUAAUUACCAUACUGUUUGUCAUUCCAAUAAUCCUAGUCUUCCUCAGGUGCACUUUGUUUUGUGUUUGAGAUUUUUAGAUCUGGUUUGAGGGAAAGUAGGCUGUCUCACUAAGGGAAAGGCUUUUUAGAUCUGGUUUGUGGGAAAGUAGGCUGUCUCACUAAGGGAACGGCUUUUUAGAUCUGGUUUGAAGGAAAGUAGGCUGUCUCACUAAGGGAAAGGCUUUUUAGAUCUGGUUUGUGGGAAAGUAGGCUGUCUCACUAAGGGGACGGCUUUUUAGAUCUGGUUUGAGGGACAGUAGGCUGUCUCACUAAGGGAACGGCUUUUUAGAUCUGGUUUGAAGGAAAGUAGGCUGUCUCACUAAGGGAAAGGCUUUUUAGAUCUGGUUUGAGGGAAAGUGGGCUGUCUCACUAAAGGGAUGGCUUUUUAGAUCUGGUUUGUGGGAAAGUAGGCUGUCUCACUAAGGGGACGGCUUUUUAGAUCUGGUUUGAGGGACAGUAGGCUGUCUCACUAAGGGGACGGCUUUUUAGAUCUGGUUUGAGGGACAGUAGGCUGUCUCACUAAGGGGACGGCUUUUUAGAUCUGGUUUGAAGGACAGUAGGCUGUCUCACUAAGGGGACGGCUUUUUAGAUCUGGUUUGAGGGAAAGUAGGCUGUCUCACUAAGGGAACGGCUUUUUAGAUCUGGUUUGAAGGACAGUAGGCUGUCUCACUAAGGGGACGGCUUUUUAGAUCUGGUUUGAGGGACAGUAGGCUGUCUCACUAAGGGGACGGCUUUUUAGAUCUGGUUUGAGGGACAGUAGGCUGUCUCACUAAGGGAACUGCUUUUUAGAUCUGGUUUGAGGGACAGUAGGCUGUCUCACUAAGGGGACGGCUUUUUAGAUCUGGUUUGAGGGACAGUAGGCUGUCUCACUAAGGGGACGGCUUUUUAGAUCUGGUUUGAGGGACAGUGGGCUGUCUCACUAAGGGGACGGCUUUUUAGAUCUGGUUUGAGGGACAGUAGGCUGUCUCACUAAGGGGACGGCUUUGGGUGCGUCCCUUUCUGAACUGCUCUGUCGGUCUGUGGUCUAAAGAUAGUGUGUACAUGAGACGGUACCUCAGCGUAAAUGUUUUUGUCGUUGUUGUUUGCAAACGUUAGGGUUAGAUCAUACAGUAAUGCUUUGUUAAUGAAAGCUCAGGGUACAAUUCUUCAGGGUUUUCUCUUCUUCCUGUCUGGGCUGCUUUUAAGCAUUUUAUGGCUUUUUUGGGGGGCUUUUCUGGAUCAAGUGUAUUGUCUUUUAUAUUUACUUUCCAGUAUUUUCAAAGUAUUUAUACACUUAGCAAAGUGCUUCGUAAAACCCACAUUAAACAGCUCAGUCCUCCCUGUGUGUUAGCUCUUGCUCUGAAAUUGGCCAGUCAGACUCCACAGAUGGUUAAUUUGACUAUAUAGGGCUAGAGGGUUUGAUUUUGAAUAGGCCAGACAUGGAAAAAUGUGUGUGUGUGUGUGUGUGUGUGUGUGUGGAGAGGGCGCACUGAUCUUGUGAACAAACCAAUGAUUAUAAGUGUCAAGGAAUGCGUUGCAAGUUUAAGUAUCAAAUGAUUGUCGUUUAAAAUGCUUUACCCCAUACAGAACUCUUAAUGCAUCCGUGUGAAUACCUUUCAAAACUAUUUUGUGAUGGAUGUCCAUCUGGAGACUGUUUCUGUUCGGGCCUUGACCUUCUGUGGCUGAUUUACAAAGUCAAAGUUCCUGGGACGGUCCGAUUACAAUAAUCUGGAGUGUGUCAGAUUAGGCUUAUGUGCAAAUGAAUCAUUGGCAAAAAGACACUUAGACCCCUGUGUGUUUAGAAGACCAGUGUGUUUAAUCUGAGGAUCAGUAAGACUAAAGACAUCCAUCCAUCUCUGGUCCGUGAUCAGCGGCCUCUGAUAUGUAGGCACGAAUGCUGAAUGCUAUUAGGAAUGGAACUGGUUUCUGAGUGUUGGAUCCCUGUUAUAAAUAUGUGUGGUAUGACAGGAAGAUAUUUUACCUAUCAGUCCAACGGUGUUCAGUCUCAGCUUCCCUUUAUCUCCUCAUCUGUAUAUCCUGGUUUACCUGUGCACACCUGUGUGUGUGUGUGUGUGUGUGUGUGUGUGUGUGUGUGUGUGUGUGUGUGUGUGUGUGUGCGCGUGUGUUUGUGUGUGUUAUUGUUUCAUACAGUCAGGGAGAUUCUUUUGCAGAUAAGGUGGGACAGAUACGGUCAGAAUUUUUUCAAGUUUAUUUUGGUUGUAUUUCCAUCCUGUUUGUGUCCCAGCAUGAAAUUUAAUGCAAAGUCAAAUGAAAAUGUAACAUCUCAUUAAACAUCUUUGUUUUGGUCUCGAAGCGCUGUUCAAAACCGAUGUUGAAAUCCCCACAGACUGAUACUACACAACAGAGUCCUGCGCCUAGAAAGUAUGGAAAUUCAUAAAUAUUUCUGUGUAUGACGAAUAAAACUAAAGAAAAAAAGAAGAUGUAAUCUUAAGUUUAAGUGCAUUAUCAAUUUAUUGUUAAAUAAA